AUGGGGUCCCGCCGCUCACCCCGCUCCGCUCUCCGGCCUCCUCACCUGGAAGCGGGUACCGCCGCGCCCGCCGCCCGAUGGCUGGUCUCCGAGGACGGACUGGGACAGCAUCCUCCGCACGGCGCCGGGCACACAGGGCACCGGCAGCCGGAGGGCCUGCUGUCGUGUCUAAUGGGCGAAGUGGGCGGAGUGAGCAAAGCCCCGGCCCGGCCGCCGAGGCCUGCCCCGCGCUGUCCCCGCAGCGCGUCCGUCCUCCGGCCCGGCCGGGCCUCGCCGUCCCCGGGGAAGCAGGUCUGCGAGCGGCGGCCGGGCUCCCCGCGGCCCGCGGGCUCCCGGUGCCCGGCGGCCGGGGUCCUGGUGCCCGGUGGCCCGGUGGCCGGUGCCUGGCGGUUGGGGGCCCGGUGUCCCGGUGCCCAGGGUCGCGGUGCCCGGUGCCCGGCGGCCGGGGUCCGGUGUAACGGUGCCCGGGGUCCCGGUACCCGGCGGCCGGGUCGCGGCGGCGGCGCCUCCCGCGCGGCUCCUCCCACCGCCGAGGGGGCGCGGGCCGCUGGGCCGCCGGCCGCCCGCCGCCCCCACAGCGGCGCCUACAGGCCUCCCCGCUCAGUGAGGCCGGAACCCCGGCCGCCACCGCCGCCAGAGAGAGGAGAUUCAGACACAGUCCCCGAAAUACAGUGCGUCCCGGGCACGACCCCGUCCGACCGGCCGGGCGCUCCUCCAGCUCCGGGGCGACGCGCUGACUCCGCAGAAAAUAAGGCAGAAACCGGCGCCACGGCCGCCUCCCGGGGGCCGCGGGGUGCGCUCCAUCCGUCCGUCCGUCCGUCCGUGCUCCGGGCCACUGGGGGGGAAUGCCCCGUCGCCGUCGGAUGGCGGGCGUCCUCUCAGCCGCCGCCCCGCGCCCGGCUCCCGAUGGCGACCCGCGGGCCGGGCCGGGCCGGGCCGGGCGGGCGGAGCGCCCCCUCCGCGCACACGACCCCCGGCGGCGCCGGCCCCGCGCCGCCCGCCCGGCCUCCGACGGAAGAGGAGCCGUCGCCACCCCCCCGCCCGGCCCGGAUUAUAGUCUCCGCGCCGCCGCCGCCGCCGCGGCCGCGGCCUCCCCGGAUUCCGACGCCGAUUCGCCCAGGUAAAUUCCGGUCUUUCUUUCGGCGCCUCCCGCGGGCGGCCCGGGCCCCGCGGCGGGCCGCGUCCGGAGUUGGCUCUCCCCCGCGGGUGGCGGCCGCCCUCCCGGCGGCGGGCCGGUCCCCGCGCGGCCGGCGGCUCCGCGCUGGCGGGCGCUCCCGGCGGGCGGGCGGGCGGCCGGGGAGGCGUAGGCCCGGCGGAGCGCGCAGGCCGCGGGCCGGCGGCGCCUACUUGAGCCCGGGGAUCCGGAGCGCCGCGGGCUCCGCCGCCGCCCCGCCGCCCGGUGACAGGCCUCGCCCGGGACGCGGAGCCCCGGCCGGCGGCGAGGAGGCGGAAACAAUACCUCCCGGCGGCGGCGAGGGUGCCCCCUGGGCGCCCCCCAUAUUUACAACUUUGCCGGCCCGGGGCGCGGGGGCACGUCCCGGCGACACAAACAACCCCCUCCUCCCCGCGGUGACCCCGGGAGGGAGGAAGUAG